AUGAUAGUGAUGGUGAUGAAGGUGAUGGUGAUGAUGAUGGUGAUGAAGGUGAUGAUGGUGAUGAUGUCUGUAAUCCUGGGCAGCCUCCUGCUGGGAGCAUGAAUAUGCACAACAGAUUUCCUUUAUGAAAAUAUGUUCGUCUGAGGCAGACAGAUGGAGGAGGAGGUGCUCAGGCGGACUCCUUGGCGGAGGUUUAAAGCGCGCGUGCUUCUGUCAGUGCUGCAGGCUGAGAGAGGGAGAAAGUGAGAGGAGAGAGAGUGAGAGGGGAGAGAGUGAGAGGAGAGGGAGAGAGGGCUGUGGUAGCUGUGGAUGGUGCAGCGAGGUUGCGCAGCAAUCCACCAACUACGCUCUCUCGCUUCGGGAGGAGGAGAGUGUGACCAAUAAGGCGGAUAUUGCAGCUUUACCUUUUGCACAUGUCCGAUGUCGUCAUUGGGAAACCACUCUCGUUCUGCCUCGGAUCAUCCGGGAGAAAAGAUGGAUGAGCAGAGCCAGGGAGCCCGGACUGAUGCGGCCACAUCAACAUUGAAGCAACUUAAUGGAGAAAACUAGAGGAGUCUCUUUAAGAUGACACGCACAGACCCGCCUGACAUACUGGUAUCAACUGUGCAUCAAGAUAUAAAAGUGGUCCCCAUUUCUUCACACUACAAGUCCUUGCAACCCUCCAAACAAUGUGAUUCCAGAAAUUACAGCAAACUGGAGGACAGAAAGAGCAAAUUUAAUAAGAGGCACUGCCGUACCUUUGACUAUAGGUCAUUGGAGUACCCAAAAUCCAACAAAUACUCAAUGGAUUCCCCAUACAGGAAGGCCGAUAGGCAUGCGGCCAACCCAGAUGUUGCCUGGAAUGCCUUGGGCCGUCAGCAGAGAUAUCGUUUCUCUGCGCCGGAUAUUUUCAGCCAUAGGUUAACUCCUCAACCGAUGGCUGCAGAAAUGCCCAGUGAGGUAGUUGUCCCAGAACAAAAAAGAAGGACCAGGUCAAAAAGUGCCCCUCGGGUCCAGACAAGUCUAACUCCUGUGUCUUUUGAAGGGUCUUCUUCUUCAGGGAGGAAAGGAAGGGAGUCCCAAAGGGCUUCAAGAGACUCUCGCUGGAGACCGGAAGUAUCACCGCGUAGGGAAUCAUCCUAUGCAGCAACAAGGGCUCAUAUGCAUGAAGUCCAUCCUAUUAAGUUGCAACCUCAAAUCGGAGACAGCAGUAAAUAUUCAUCUCACUAUGCUGCUGAUCAUUCAGAGGAUGGGGGGCUGGAUAAACCAGCAACUAGUCCUCAUGUCAGAUGCAGGGUAGACAUCAAACCUGAUGAUGCAGCACUACUUCAUUCAAGACAUAAACAGGCUACACCUCAUGUGGAUAUACCCUGGCAGAGACAUCACAGUGGGGGGAGUAGGAGUCUGACAGUGCCACGCCACUUCUCCUACUCUCGAACACCAACUCCCACUGAUUCUUUAGGUACAGAGAGUAGGCAAGCUUACCAAUAUUCCCGCAGCAUGCCAAAUAGUUACUUACAACCCAUGGAGAUCCCCUUGCAAAGAAUGCCUUCAUCAGGUGAUUACUAUGGUCGGGAACGCAGAGCUCAUUCCAGUCCUAAUGUGCCAACCAAGUUCUUUUAUGCAGAUGACCCGGGGAGAUAUGUGACCACAGCUCCUCCUCAGCCAAGUUCUUACAUUCAUGAUGAACGUUACACACCAGGACAAGCAUAUACGCCAAAAGUGCAAUAUGUUCAAGAUCCAAGGACUCGAAUGGUGCAUGCUGUAGCUACAAGACCUUAUUAUCCUGAGGUGGAGACAUAUCCUUACUCUGUGCAGACAGGUUAUCCCAAACCCUAUGCAGCCAGUGAGCCAGGGCCAUACAUCAUACAGACACCUCCAGCAAGGAUAUUUUAUGGGGAUGAUCCAAGGUCUUAUCAAGUCCAAACUGCUCCGCCAAGGUUUUAUUAUUCCAGCGACAUGUAUGCAAUGCCCCCAGAGCAUCAUAUUCCAGCAAGGGCUUAUUACACAGAGGGCCGGAGACAUGCUAGAGUCGUUCAGCCACAAUCAGAUGACUGGUAUGGCUCAGAAGCAUCCGGUUAUUCCACCAAUCCUGCCUCUUAUGUAUCUCAAGGCACUCCAACUAGAGUCCGUCAGGACCCUGUCUCAACAUCCUGGUAUGCCAGUCCAUGUGUAGAACCUCAAAGAAUUGCCGCAGAGUCCAAGUCCUACUCCAGGUCCUGGGACAAUAUUCUAAACUCUCGUGUAGAAAGAGAGCAACCUCUUCCUGUUCAGCGCGGUCAGAGCUAUGACGAUCUUCUUGAGUCCAGGAAGCCUGCAGGAGCCAAAAGUGACAAACCACAACCGGUGGUAGUCAAUCUCUCCAGUUCACCAAGACGCUACGCAGCUUUAUCUAUGUCUGAUAACUCUUUAAUUGACAAAAGCCCAACAGAGGCAGCAAAGAGCCCUACGAGUAAACUCUGGUUUGUAACUCCUGAGAUAACAAUCACUGAUAAUGACAUGCGGCCAGGGAAACUUAACAAGGCUGACGGACGAUCUGCCAGUUGGGACGUUCUUGACUCCAGAAGCACUGAGGGUCCUGAACCAUUUCAACAUGACUUCCAAAGCUCAACCAAAGAGAAGACACAUGACAACGCCUCACUACAGCAAAGCCUUGAACAACUUGAUGAGCUUUUGGCAGAUCUGGUGACUGAUUACAAGCCGCCCAGUAGAAGGGCAAGUGAGGACAUUUUGGAUCAACUAAAGAAGUUAAUUGAUGAAGAAGAAGCAGUAUCCCUGUCAAGAAAGAGCUCAAGGGCAGGUACAGAUGAACCACCUCCUCUGGACAAACAGCCAACUUCAAUAAGGAUAAACCCUGAUACUUUCCGAGACAUGGACGCAGCCAGUGAUGCCAUGAAGAGUGCAGAUGAGUGCUCCCCAGAUCAGAGCCCAGAUGAGGACGAUACAAUGAUGUGCUCCAACAACAAAUGCCGGAGGACAGAGACCCUUUUCAAUGCUUGCCUAUACUUUAAAUCCUGCCACAGCUGCUACACCUACUACUGCUCUCGUAACUGUCGCAGGGAGGACUGGGACAUUCACAAAGAAAGCUGCCUGUAUGGAAGAAUUGGCAGCACAUGCCGUCACAUCAUCAAACACUGCCGGGAGACUGUUGAAGUCCACAAAGCCUUCUCCCGUAUUGCCAAAGUUGGCUACCUUUCUCGAGGCAGAGGAGUUCUCUUCCUUGGAUUUCCAAACCCUUCGUCGUCCAGUAGCUUCCUGCAGUAUGGCCUGGAUAGUCUACCUAUGUCGCCUACAUACCUGUCCCUCCGGGAGCUCGAAGGCUUCAGGGACAACCUGGGAGAGUACUGUAAGGAGCUGCAGGAAGCUGGUAAAGAGUACGACCCAAAUGAAUGUUUCAUCUUGAAUGUAUCUAUUGCUGUCGGUGACCAACUGCCCGAUGGACCAUCGCCAAGGAACCAAGCUCCAACUGUGAGAAAAUAUGCAAAGGUGGCACUGGCUUCCUUCAGUCCAGAGAGGAAGGUUCACAAGAAAGAGAGUGACAUGGAAACACUGAUCCUCACGCCACCUCCAGGAACAGCAGAUAUCGACAAAGAGGGAGAGGAAGGCAGAAAGGCCAGAGAAAUCUGUUUCAUCAAUAUACAACGGGAGUUAAGGAUUCGAGGGGUUUUCCUACGCCACGAAUACCCACAGGUGUAUCAGCAGCUCUGUGAGUUUGUGGAAUGUAACAGAAGGUUCACGCCCACAACUAUUUAUCCUAUUGAUAAGAGGACCGGUAAACAGUUUAUGUGCAUGAUAAUGGCUGCCUCUGAGCCCAGGACUUUGGACUGGGUCGGCACCCCUCAUCUCCUCGAUGACAUUAUUUAAGUGCACCUUUUGUUGUAAAUAUAUAUGUAUAGAAAUACAUAUAUAUUGUUACACAUAUUUAUAUAUCAAUCCAAUUACAAACAUUUGUAGAUAAGUAUUUUGUUAUCAAAAUGAAAUAUAUUCAUGUGUGCUUGGUCAGUAUUAUUCUUUUUCAGAAUAUUUCCUGUCAGGUGCAGAAUGAGUACAGUGCAUUUUUUUAUUUCAGUCUUUUUACCAAGUACGAUUUUUUUAUCCGACACGAGUCAUUUAUCUGUUUUCUGGUCAUUAACUCUUUCGACACAUUCCCUUUGUUGGGGAUGAUCUUAACUGACAUGCUGGUAUUUUUUUGUAAUUAUUAACAUCACCUUUGAAACGUAGUCUCUUUAAAUUAGGAAGCUCAUCUCCAAGUGAGUACAACACAACUAUUUUACACGACUAACGGUAUAUCAGGCGGAAACUAUUAAACGUUAUUUUCUUAGCUAUUUAAAUACUUUCUAUGCAAAGUUGCUUCAUGAGUUAAGAACCACAUUCCUGUAGAAGGAGGUUGUGACAGUUUUAUGAUAUAAUAUAUAUAACAUACUAUAUGAUGUAACAUUAUAUUAAAUUAUAUAUUAUUUAUUAUUACAUCUGUUAAGAAAGUCUAUGUUGGAAUUCAGAUAAAAUAUUUAAAGUUUUGAUGACAACGUGAAUCCUCAUCAUGACAGAAUAAUGAAAAAGAGACGGGUGUGCUACUUGAAACAACUAUUUUAAAAAAGGCACAACUUCUAAUGUUGCUUGUCAGGCGAACUGUACUGAUUGUUAUCGUUUUCCACUUUAAGUCUAACGGUGUACUCUGGAACUACUGGAGCACUACCGGACUUAAAAGCAACGUCCAUAAUGGAUACUGAUAUGGUGCCAGUGACCAGCCACACAGUAGGUGUCGGCCUGUACUGUUCAGUUAUAAACACUGUGAAUAGUGAGAGUCAUCUACUACAAAAACAAGAAAUCAUGCAAUUUCCUAUAACACUGAAGUUGAUGAGUUGUAUUUUUAGAUAUAUUUACGGAUACAAAUAUAUGAAUUAGCAUCAGGAGUUAUUGUCUAUAGAACAAGGUGAGCCAGGUUUGGCACAGUAGCUAUAUGGUACAUAAAUGCUUGAAGAAGACAGUAGUUGUGUAUUUGUGCUGCACUAGGUUUAUUACAUGUGUGAUUUUAUAUUGUCCCCUUUGGUUUUAGCUAACCCGUACCCAUUGCAUUGCAUCUUCGGUUGCAGAAUACAUUCUUCAGUGCAACAAAGCCUCAUCUCUCCAGAUACUUUUCUUUAUUUGUUUGUUAUUACUCCCAAAUUUGCUGCCAGUUUUAAGGCCCUGACACACCGCGCAGACGGCAAAGAACUAGUGGCGACGAAGGCCGACUGGCGCCGCCUGUAGCGUCGCCUCUUGUCUUGGCCAAAAAGUUGAACUAGAACACACCGCAAAGAC